AUGAUGAAGACUUUCGUCACUCUUGCGGCUUUCGCUGCCGGCUCUAACGCCCUCGUUAGCCGCGGUGACAGCUGCUGCUUCCACCUCACUGCUUCCGGUGGUGCUUCUGGCUCCGUUGGCCAGCUGAGCGAUGGCCAGAACCGCAUUGGUGACAGCAGCUUAUCACCUGCUCAGUACUGUAUCAACUCGAGUGGUGGUAUCACUGACAGCCACGGCCGUGGCUGUAUCCUGACUCCCCCUACUACUCAGUUCCAGUGUGAUCAGGGUGCCUCGCCUACCACGGGCUUCUCCGUCAGCUCCAGCGGCCAGCUGGAGUACAAUGGCAGCCCUCAGUUCAUUGCCUGUGAGACCGGUCAGAACCAUGGCCUCAAUAUCUACACCAAGAACAGCACCGCCGUUACCCAGUGCGUGAACGUCAAUCUGAAGGCCGACUCCUGCUCCGGCUCCGGCUCCGGUGCUGGUGCUUCCUCGUCUUCUGUUCCGGCUAUGAGCUCGUGGGUCUCUACUCCUGCCCAGUCGGCUUCCGCUAGCUCUGCUCCCGCCAGCUCUGCUCCUGCUAGCUCUGCCCCCAGUGUCCCAGGCGGCCCUGUUAGCUCGGCGCAGUGCAUGACCGGCUCGCCCGUGACUACUACCGUUACCGUCACUGACUGCUCCUGUGCCACCUCUGGUGCUCCCGUCCCUGGUGGUGGUGGCUCUUACCCUUCUGGCUCGAGCAGCGUCAUGCCUUCCGGUCCCGCGGGCGGUUCUCAAGACACAUCAACUGUCAUGUCUACUCCCUCCGGCCCUGCUGGAGGCGCGCAGUCUUCUACCCCCACCGGCGGCUCUCAGCCCUCGACUAUGACUAGCGUUCCCGUCAGCUCUGCCACAGCCCAUGGUAGCUGCCCGACUACCCUGUCUAGCGACAACUACCAGUACCCGCACCUGAUCAUUCCCGUUGACUCCGCUUCGCCCAGCACUGCCCCCGGUACCUCGUACAACGGCACUGUGACCUCGACCAUCUCGAGCAUCUUCAACUUCGAUAUCCCCAAGGCCUACUCCGACAAGACCUGCAGCCUGGUCUUCCUCUUCCCCAAGAAGGCCGACCUCGAGACCUCCUCGUACAGCUUCAGCGGUGACGGCAAGAUCGACGUCUCCAAGCUCUCUGCUGUCGCUUCGGAGUCGACUUCCUACAGCAACGCCCCCUCCGUUGCCCAGGAUCUCGGUGACAUUACCAUCUCGCCCGGUAACAGCUACGUUGUCGACACCUUCGCCUGCCCUGCUGGUGAGGCCAUCGCCUUCGAGAUGAAGAACGCUGGCAGCACCAACCUUAACUUCUUCGAGGACUGGAACCCCUCUCCUCUGGGUCUGUUCAUCACCAGCUGCUAA